UCACUGGUUUCUCAUUUCCAGGUUGGAGGUGCCUACUGGAGUCUAGAAAGGAGCAAGGGGCCUGCCCCCCGCCACCAGAGACGGAGCAGAGCGCCUCUGACCAGCAUCCUCCAAAGGAUCCCAUGCAGGAGGCAGCAUCACAUGAGGUCAUCUUGUCUCCUUAGGCUCUUCUUGGCUGUGACAGUUUCUAGACUUCCUUAUUUUCGACGACCUUGACUGUUUAAGGAGUACUUAUCAGGUUAAGGAAGCUGAUUUGCGCCUUGAUUUGGACACACUCUGCGUCCCCUCCCCAUAAUGCUUUAUGUGCACAAUGGUUAUUAGGCAACCCACCUAUCAGGAGAAGGGACAUUCUUCUGUAAGGCUGAUCCCUGUGACCUAAUGAAUCCUUUGUAAAAAGCGGACUCAGCUAGGAUGUUACACCACCAUUGUCGAAGGAACCCUGAGCUCCAGGAAGAGUUGCAGAUCCAGGCUGCAGUGGCCGCCGGCGAUGUCCACACGGUACGGAAGAUGUUGGAACAAGGCUAUUCUCCAAAUGGCCGGGAUGCGAACGGCUGGACCCUGCUCCAUUUCUCCGCGGCGAGAGGAAAGGAAAGGUGUGUUCGAGUAUUUCUAGAACACGGAGCUGACCCCACCGUGAAGGACUUAAUCGGAGGCUUCACUGCCCUUCAUUACGCAGCCAUGCACGGCCGGGCCCGGAUCGCACGCCUGAUGUUAGAAUCGGAAUACAGGGGCGACAUCAUUAACGCAAAGAGCAACGACGGCUGGACUCCCCUGCACGUGGCCGCUCACUACGGCAGGGACUCGUUCGUCCGACUCCUCCUGGAGUUCAAGGCCGAGGUCGACCCACUUAGCGACAAAGGCACGACGCCCCUCCAGCUCGCCAUCAUCCGGGAGAGGUCGAGCUGCGUGAAGAUCCUCCUGGACCACAGCGCCAACAUCGACAUUCAGAAUGGCUUCCUGUUGCGAUAUGCCGUCAUCAAGAGCAACCACUCUUAUUGCCGAAUGUUCCUUCAGAGAGGGGCAGACACGAACUUGGGUCGCUUAGAAGACGGACAGACUCCCUUACAUUUGUCCGCCCUUAGGGAUGACGUGCUCUGCGCACGGAUGUUGUACAAUUACGGAGCAGACACGAACACAAGGAACUAUGAGGGACAGACCCCGCUGGCUGUGUCACUAAGCAUUUCUGGAAGUAGUCGACCGUGUCUGGAUUUCUUACAAGAAGUCACAAGACAGCCCAGAAACUUGCAGGACCUGUGCCGAAUUAAAAUUCGACAGUGUAUAGGCCUUCAAAACUUAAAGCUGCUUGAUGAACUACCGAUUGCCAAGGUCAUCAAAGACUACUUAAAACACAAAUUUGAUGAUAUCUGAUCCACACAGAACUGUGAGCAGGACUAGGGCUUGUAUUCCAGAUACUUAAAAGGCUUUCUGCCUUGCACAAAGUAUAUCCUAUGCAAUUUCUGAUUUGCUGUAAAGUCAGAAGGCAGGUAUACACUUUUAGGUUUAUUUUUGUUUGUUCGGUUGGUUUUCAUUGUAGGGGAGGGUUUUUUUUUUUAUAUAUAUAUAGAUAAACACACACACACACACACACACACACACGCACGCACGCUUGAAGGUCUUAAUUUGGUUUUUUGGUCCAGGUUUAAGAGGUCCAAGCUUUCUAUACAAUAUUGCAUUUACAAAAAUUGUUUUUCCAAAAUGACGCAAGCAGGUUUGGAGUGCAGAAUUUACCCUUUUCAUAUUUACGGUUUCAUUGGGGUGCACGACGUAAACCAGCAGGGCACACGUCAAAGUUUGGAGGGGUGGUUUCCUCCGGGGAGGGGGCGGUCCUGGGUCCCAUUGGAAAACGCCCUAAGACAAUUUUACAGUAAAUGGCUGUCACCUCCUUCAUUUUUAAUGAAUACAAAUCGGCUGUUUCAACUGUUCUCUUCCUAAUUACUGUAGCUUUCGGGUGACAUAAAUCCAGUACCUCUGCUUCCUGUUGGUGCGCUCUUGUUUUUAACUUUUUUUUUUUUUACCAACCGUGGUACACUACCCAGAGGCAUCGCCUGUCAACUACUGUCUCUAGUUGAAUUGUGCUUUUAAAAUGAUUAAGGGGAAAGAGAAUGACUUUAUAAAGCCAGUGUAUUCUGUUUCUCAGACAGCGCCUCCAGUGCAAUACUCUUUCCGGUGUAUUUUAUCCAUCAUUUCCCUUGAUGUUCCUCAUGCCACAGCCGGCUCCGACAUGCCCGUGAGAACAGGGACGGCCACUGUUCUUUGACUCACAGCACCAGAGUGUGUCAGCUGCAAUUUCCAUUUUUCAGCUUCGUCCUUUACUUCAUCGGAAGCCAAAAAUUUAAGCCCGGUGGUAGAGUAUUCUAAAAAUAGCCCCAAGUAUUGUUAAACCGUUUGGCUUUUAUUGGUUAAGUAAGUCGGGGUGGUUUCACGGUGGUUUUUUUUUUUUUUUUCUUUUUUCUUCCCAGUGAAGAAAAUUUUCUAAAAGGUAAAACUGCUAAUCGAUGCACACUUAAAAGUCUGAUGGGCUCCUAAUAUGCUAAUGAGACAUUUCCUGUCUGUCUUAAGGUUACACACAGUGAGGCUCUUCUGGACAGUUAUUGUGUUUUCUGGGUUGACGGGGCAUUUGCUGGCCGUGUAAACACGGAUGUGACGAUGUGUCGGUAACAGGGGGGACACUCCCAGAGAGAUCUGUGAUCAUCACGCCCUCGGAGCUGCAUGCCGUGCUCAAUUUAGCAUUAUUGGUUUCCGAAAGAAAACUUUUCAAACAUCGCGGUCAUUCUCAGCGCUCUGGGCAGUUUCAAAAUAGUUACACCCUAGUGAUACAUUUCUCAAGAAGUUUACACAACGAAGGGCUUCUCUUUGACUUUCUAGUUGGACGUCAUUGGGUAUCACACUGUUUCACGUGCAGAGUGUAACUCAGCAGUCGGCUCCAGCUUCUGCUCCCCCAGAUCCUGCAGUUACACAUUCUGCGGCACAGAGUUUGUUCUCUCGGACGCAGAGUGCCUGUGACAUCGGGGUGUCCGAUCGGCCUGUCCUAGAUUUUUGAGGAACGGGCCGCUUCGGAGAAAGGAUUUGGGGGACCGCCGAUGGCCACAUAGCCCCUUUUGCAGGGAGCCAGUGAGACCGUGGCCAUUUCUAUGGCCGUCUCGAAACUGUGACUGCAGCCUGCUAGACAGAAAUAGAUGUGUCCUUGCCCUGUUAAGAAUUUCUCCAGAAAAGUUAUCUCACGAGAGAGAGAGAGAGAGAGAGAGAGAGUCCCUUUACGAUGAAUAGGAGCUAAGCCGCGUUCCCAUUCUUCCACCCAGUGCCCAGGUCGGACCUGAGCCAUCUGGGACAUGGCGCAGCCAGAAAUGAAUUGAGAGUUACUUCUCCCCAAAACCCCGAGGAGAUGGGAGGGCCCCCGCACUCUGAGCAGUGAUGCCAGAGCCUCUCUCCUCACGCGUGUGUAUGAAUUUAUUCAGUUUAAAAAGAUUUCCUUCCCCCAACCAUUCGAAGCUUUCCAAACGAAGCCACUGAGUGUGAGUCAGGGAAUUCCAAGUACAAAGAUCAGAUGGAGGGAAAUUCUUCGUUCUGUAUUGCUGCUGCGACUUUCAAAAAAAAAAAAAAAAAAUUAUGAGAGCUCUUCCUGGAAUUGCAAUGUCUAUUUAAUGAAGAGGUGUAUAAUUCCAUUAUUUAUUGUUUGAGGUUUGAUUUCUCUGGAAGCUUAAAAAGGUGUUUUCUUUUCGUUGUUAGUAAAAUCCCAAUCACACGUCCCAUUUAACAAACAGUAACUACAGUGUCUCGAAGUCGGUAGCUAGUGGCAUGCAGGAGUAAUAGACGUGCAGGAUAGACGCAUUUGAACUUGAUUGCCAGAGAAGCGCUCUGUGGUCACAGAAUGAGGCGAGAGAACGUGUCAUUUUCAGAAAAUCAACUGAUCGUUUUGUCCAGAAUCUUGACUGAGAUGUUCAGAACGGUAUCAAAUUUGUCACUGACCCUUCUCUGUUUCUUUCGAAAUGUAUUAUUUAAGCCUAUGACUAAACCUUUAUAAAAAUAUAUUGGGCAAGUACACCAAAGAAACCAGCUCAUGAAAGAUUACGAUCGUUAAUGAACUGCAAACCUCAUCUUUUGAAAACAAGAUUUUUCUUUUCGUGUGUGUAAAUAUUUGUGUUUAUAAAUGUACAGCAGAGCAAGAGCGUUUUUUGGUUGGUUUUUUUUUUUUUAGAUUAUUUAAUUCCCAUAUUUCUAAACUAUCUACCACAGAGUAAUCCACGCUUGUUAGUUGGGAGGACUUGACCGUUUUGUUUUUGAAUUCAUUAUCCGUCAUGCUUGGAGCCGCCUUUCCGCAAGAGGACUCAGUGUCCUGCCACAGGUGACAGCGCACACAUCUGCAGCUUGAGGGAGCCUGCCAUGGCCUCAGACGCGCAGCCCCAAGGAGAAACGUGAGGUUUAACGACCAGAGUGGACCAUCCGAAAAGGGAGAUGCUAACUUUCCUGCAGGAUCGCUCAUCAGCCCCGAAUGUGAUUGGGAUGAGGCCCUUCGCCCACAAACUUAGCCUUCAUGUAACUCCCGGUGUGUUAUAUCAUACUGUAUUUUGUUCUUCCUUUGUAAUGUAAGUUUUGCUUUGGGUCAAUUUGAAUUAAAAAAAAAAAAAGAACAAAUCUGGUUUAAAACUUA